CCCAUCCAGGAGCAUCGCUCAAAGGACGCCGUCGGGUUUCGAUGCAAAUGCUUGCCGUGCGGCUGCGGGUCUCUGUUUGAUUCGGGAGAAAAGAACUACAUACACCAGGAACGAUUAGUUUGAGACAGUAAAACACUCGGCCAUGGCGGGGAGGAUUUCUACCUGGGCUGUGCUGUGUCUGGUGUUGUCAGGUGUCGGUGCUCUCAAUGUGAACAUCCCUCAGGAUCUCUAUGAAUUUGCCAGGGGUGACAACAUCACACUGCCCUGCACCUUUCAAACCAAGUCAGCCAACCCCAGCUUAGUCAUCAUCUCAUGGUCUGCUGAAGCUGAAAAUACAAAGCCUGAAGAGACGCUGAUCGUCACUUAUUAUUCUACUGGUACACUUGACAUCAAAUCGCUGUAUGAAGAUCGGGUGUCCCUGGAUGUAGACAUUGCCAAGGGAAAGGCCGACCUGAAACUGUCCUCCAUCGCACUAGUGGACAACAAAGUCUUUGAGUGUCGUGUACAGAUCCCAGGUGACGAUGAGGGCAAGCCGGCCGACACGGCGCGCUUGGUGGUUUUAGUUGCUCCAUCUCCUCCACUUUGUAAGAUCGAGGGAAAGGCAGAGUACGGCCAGGACAUCAAACUGACGUGUUUGUCUGAGGAAGGUUCGCCGCCACCCACUUAUAAGUGGGAAAGUCGGGAUGUCAAGAACCUUCCUCGUGUUGCAGAUCCCAGAACAACUGACGUGGGAGGCGUCCUGUCGCUGUACAACAUCACCAAAGAUACAUCAGGAUACUACAUCUGCACCUCAAGUAACAAGAUCCGCUCUGCCACCUGCAACAUCACCCUCUCCGUCAUGCCACCCUCCAUGAACAUUGGCUCCACUGCGGGAAUCAUCGGCGGAGUUGUCGCCGCGUUGAUUGUUCUUGUCAUUGUCAUCUAUUGCUGCUGCUGCCGGAAGAAGAAGCAAGAGGAGGAAUAUGCCAUGGGAGCUCGUGAGAAUGAGUACCAUGACAAAGAGCCAACACGUAAUGGUGAGAGUGGCCGUGAGGAUGCCCAAAAAAACACUCGAGAUAACGAUGACUCCAGUGUGAGGGGCCCUGUUGAACGCCAUGACCGGUACGAGGAACGGAGUGAGCGCAACUACGAUGGCCGCAGGGAUUAUGAUGAUCGACGCAGCGACUAUGAUGACCGCCGCAGGGAUUAUGAUGAUCGACGCAGCGACUAUGAUGACCGCCGCAGGGAUUACGAUGACCGCCGCAGCGACUACGAUGAUCGUCGCAGCGACUAUGAUGACCGCCGCAGGGAUUACGAUGACCGGCGCAGCGACUACUCAGACCGCCAUGACCGCUACGAUGAGCCCUAUGAUGACAGACCACCUGUGCCAGCCAAUAAACCAACGAGGAGGAACUACGAUGAAUAAGGCCUCCAAACUAUAUCAACCACCAUCUUCCAUUUGCUGUUUUAUCUCCAAUGACUUCAGACUCAAGUAGUCAAAACUACUUGGUCGUAUUUUGUAAAAGAUCAUGGUUUGCAUUUAAGUAAGUAGAAGUUGUAGUAAGCGGCUUGUUCAGACAAUUGUAUAGGAGCAUUUUUCUGCACAGGCUCAGACACCGAGCAUUAAAAGAAAGUGUAAUAGGUCAAAACUCAAAUUAUGCAAGUAUUAGAAAAUGUACCAACAUUUUACAAAUCACCCUAAAGAAAAAAUACCAGAAAAAAAAAGUUUUUUAGACAGCUGUAUAAUUGAGAAAUUAGUUGGUGUUUUAGAUUUAAACUCAAUCUGUUGAUAUUUUGAAGAAUGCAAGGCCUUAUGGCUGUGUGUGUGUGCGUGUGUGCGCAUGUGUGUUGAUUUGAGGUUGCUCUGCUAUUGGGUGUAAUUGGUGGUAGUUUUGUUUUUGUGAGGUUGCUACCUCCACUAUAAAGAAAAUGGCUUGUUUAACUCUUUAGGCUUUCUAGAUUGAGUUAGAAAUUUUAUAUCCAUGUAUGCACAGACAUUAAACCAGUUUCAUUGUCCUUUCUUCCAGUUAUGGUGGUAAUAUUACAGAUACUAUUACUACGACUUGUAAUGGUAAAUUCAAAUUUUAAUACAUCAAAUUUUUAUAAUCUCUAUUUGUCAUGCCACCUUCAAAUAUGUUUUUAUUAUGUUUACAUAUUUUGUAGAGGUUUAUGUGGAAAUGCAAUUAAAUACAACAUUGUACAUAUGCUAUUAUUUUAUCUCAGCAGCUGCAGUUUUGUUAGUUUUACAGUGGGAUUUGUUAAAUUUUUUUGUUAUUGUGAAACAUUUUGAGAUGCACACCAUGACUGAAUGGAUGAAUCAUCUAUUCAUAUGCUGUAAAAACAAAUAACUAAAUGAAUAAAGUUGACGUAAGUAAAAUGAA